GAUUCGGGUAAUUGACAUGAAAAUGAUGCAUAAUAAAAGCAAACGUUAUUUUAUUUUUUUUUUUACUUAAUUUCUUAUGUCUAAAUUUCUUUUUCUUUUCAUUUUGGGGGUUGAAAUAUGACCUGGCUAUAUUUUUGUGAGAAUAAUUUUCACCAUAUGCCUUUACUGUUAGAUGUACCCCAGCACAAGGGUGCACACCCAAAACUGUCUGUAAAGUGACUCUGUAUGUAAUGUUUUUGGGUUUUUUCUUUCCUCUGUAAAUAUUGGUUCUAGCUGUGUGUGCAUCCAUAAGGAAAGUUAUAAUUAGCACAUAUGGGGAUGACUGGGGAAGGGUCACGUUCCCUCUUGAGGUUCGGAAGAAAAUAGAAUAAAGUAUUUAUAAGUUAGAUAAUGAGAUACAAGUCUUGUUGAUUUGUUUAUGCAUGUGCUUUUAGGGGGUUUGGGGGCCAAAUGUAAAGAUGAACAAGAGUUUGACAACAGAGAAGUGGGAGGGUCGAGUUAAAGAGAGAGAGAGAGAGGGGUGGGGGCACAGACAGAGAGAUUUAUUUCCACAGCUGACAGUAAAGCUCCCGUCCCGCACUCGUUUUUGGAGGUGAAAGAGGGACUAAGAGAGGGACGAAGUUAAAAACUCAGAGAAAGUGGAUAAAUAAAACAGACAGUAUGGAUACCUUGGCUUUAGAGGCCACGCAGCCCAAAAAAGCUCAGAACGGAGCACCAGUGCUCGGGCCCCCCACCCCUGCCAAACGCAAACCAGCUAAAAAGACUAAGAAAGCUGUGGUGUUUUUCGAGGUGGAGAUUCUGGACGCCAAGACGAAGGACAAGCUCUGCUUCCUGGACAAGGUCGAGCCCAAUGCCACCAUCGGGGAAAUCAAGUCCAUGUUCCACAAGAGUCACCCUCAGUGGUAUCCGGCCCGACAAUCCAUUCGUUUGGAUCCCAAGGGAAAAUCACUGAAGGACGAGGAUGUGCUGCAGCACCUGCCUGUGGGAACAACAGCCACCUUCUACUUCAGAGACCUGGGAGCCCAGAUCAGCUGGGUCACGGUGUUUCUGACCGAGUACGCCGGCCCGCUGCUCAUCUAUCUGAUGUUUUACUUCCGAGUGCCGUUUAUCUAUGCUCCUAAAUAUGACUUUACCACCAGCAAACACUGGGUUGUACAUUUGGCGUGCAUGUGUCACUCCUUCCACUAUGUGAAGAGACUCCUGGAAACACUGUUCGUCCAUCGCUUCUCGCACGGGACUAUGCCUCUGCGCAACAUCUUCAAGAACUGCACGUACUACUGGGGAUUUGCAGCUUGGAUGGCUUACUACAUCAACCACCCUCUGUACACGCCGCCCAUCUAUGGAGAACAGCAGAUCAGACUGGCCCUCAUCGUGUUCCUGUUCUGUCAGAUCGGAAACUUCUCCAUCCACAUUGCUCUGAGAAAUCUUCGUCCUCCAGGAUCUAAGACUAGGAAGAUCCCAUAUCCGACUAAAAACCCGUUUACGUGGAUCUUCCUGCUGGUGUCCUGCCCCAACUACACGUAUGAGCUGGGCUCGUGGCUGGGCUUCACUCUGAUGACCCAGUGUCUGCCCGUGGCCGCCUUCACGCUGGUGGGCUUCAUUCAGAUGACCGUGUGGGCGAAAGGAAAACACCGCAGCUACCUGAAGGAGUUCCGGGACUAUCCCACGCUCCGCUCGCCCAUCCUGCCCUUCAUCCUGUAGGACAGAGUCACGCAGUGUUCCCCUCGUCUUUUUAACCUUUUCUUCUCGUCUUGUCCUCCCCUUAUCAUCUCUUUUAUACUGUGUCCAUGUCUCGCCUCUAUUCGUUUCACAUGCCUAUUUCCUGCAUUUGCUCAUCUCUUGGAGUGGACUGAUUCUGAAUAAUAAAGUCAGCUCAGAUCCAGAACCUCCAGAAGCUUCGCUCUAAUGGCUCCAUAUCGCCCUCUGUGGGUUGGAUGAUGUCGGUCAUCUGAGGAAAUCUCCUGAAAAUUAUCAAGAGCAUGUCCAGAUAAUAAUUCAGUCAAAGAAAUAAGAACUUAUAUUUCGCACGAAGACAGUAGAGCACAUUUUAGUACAAUCAAGAUUUUGGCAUUAUUUUCAUGAUUGAAAACAUCCUCAGUUAUCAGUAGCUGAUGUGGUGUAAAAAAAAAAAAAGUAGUAUACAACAUGAACAUGUUGUACUGAAUUAAUGAUAUAUAUAUUUUUUUUUGCAUUACAUUCAUGAAAAUUUGAAGGGAGAAUGAAAUGUCAUUCAGUAUUCCCCCCCCCCGUAGCUCAUUUGUGCUCAGCUGCUGGGGAUCAUUUUGUAUUUUGAGUGCACUUCGUGCUAAUGUAUCUGUUUUUGAGAUCUCUGAUAUGCACUGACAAUGUGAUGGCUGUGACUUGCAGUAAAGAUGUUUAGUUCUGCGUGUCACUCAAUAACCAAACCACUAACAGGAGGACCUGAGGUGACCGGCUGAAGACCAGAUACUGUAUUCAGCACUGUAGAGACAAGUUUCCAAGUGUGAUUAUUAGGCUACACGUGAAGCUAAAGCUAACUUGGCGCAGACUGCAGAUGUCAGAACUGUUUUGUUGACCUAACAAUUUAUAUAAAAUAAUUAAAAAAAACACUGUCAUUG